AUGAGCCUCAAUUGCUCCUUGUGGCAGGACAACAGCAUGUCUGUCAAACGCUUCACUUUUGCCAAAUUCUCUGAGGUCACUGAACAGUGUUUCCUUCUAUUUACCCUCAUCCUACUCAUGUUUUUUGCAUCGCUCACGGGCAAUGCUCUCAUAGCCCUUGCCAUCUGGACCAACCCAGGCCUCCACACUCCCAUGUACUUCUUCCUGGCCAACUUGUCUCUCCUGGAGAUCGGCUACACCUGCUCUGUCAUACCCAAGAUGCUGCAGAGCCUUGUGAGUGAGGCCCGAGGAAUCUCUCGGGAGGGCUGUGCCACACAGAUGUUUUUCUUCACCUUGUUUGCCAUCAGCGAGUGCUGCCUCUUGGCAGCCAUGGCUUUUGACCGCUACAUGGCCAUAUGCUCCCCACUCCACUAUUCAACACGAAUGAGUCGUGGGACGUGUGCCCAGUUAGCAGUGGUUUCUUGGGGAGUGGGAUGCCUGGUAGGACUGGGCCAGACAAAUUAUAUUUUCUCCUUGGACUUCUGUGGCCCCUGUGAAAUAGACCACUUCUUCUGUGACCUCCCACCUAUCCUGGCACUCGCCUGUGGGGAUACGUCCCAUAAUGAGGCUGCAGUCUUUGUUGUAGCAAUCCUUUGCAUUUCCAGCCCAUUUUUACUGAUCAUUGCUUCCUAUGGCAGAAUUCUAGCUACAGUGCUGGUCAUGCCUUCACCUGAAGGCCGCCAUAAAGCUCUUUCCACAUGCUCUUCCCACCUACUGGUAGUAACACUAUUCUAUGGCUCAGGGUCUGUCACCUACUUGAGGCCCAAGGCUAGCCAUUCACCAGGAAUAGAUAAACUCCUAGCCCUCUUCUAUACAGUGGUGACAUCCAUGCUCAACCCCAUCAUCUACAGUUUACGGAACAAGGAAGUCAAGACAGCUCUUCGGAGAACUCUGGGCAAGAAAAAAAUUUUGACUCAUGGAUAG